AUGACGGGCCAGGUGGCAGAGAGAGACCGCUCACCCCACAAUCUGUCGGUGAAGACCGCCCUGGAGGAGGAGGCCGACAGAGCAGAGAGUAUUCUCAGCAGGGUGCCAUCGGUCUGUGAUGACACAUCCUCCGAGCUCCAGAGGGUCGCGGCUCUCGACCCUCACGGAGGAAAUUCGAGAAAUUCAUUUCACAGGAACGGGGCCAUCUCAAGGCUGGUGAGCCUGGUGAUUCGGUUGAGGGAAUGGGCCCACCGCAGUCUGCUGGAGGAGGAGGAUCGGCCGGACUCCUUCCUGGAGCGCUUCCGUGGCCCUGAGCUGAGAACGGCCCCCAGCCGCAUCAGCAACACGCAACCAGACGCCAAUGGCAACAAUGCCAAAGGGAUCUUCAGGAAAAAGUGGAAUUUGUUCGUGGUGUCCCCGUCUGAUAAUGCAUACUACCGCUGGUUAUUUGUCAUCGCCAUAGCAGUGCUCUACAACUGGUUCCUUGUGGUGGCCAGAGCGUGCUUUGACAAGUUACAAGUGGGCAAUUACAUCUGCUGGCUGGUGUUGGACUACAUCUCUGACGCUGUGUACAUCAUGGAUACUUGUGUCCGACUUCGCACAGGAUUCCUGGAACAAGGCCUGCUGGUGAAGGACCACACCAAGCUGAGAGACAGCUACAUCCGGACGCUGCAGUUCAAGCUGGACGUGCUGUCCAUCCUGCCCACUGACCUGGCGUACAUUUCCACCGGCAUCCACACGCCCCAACUCCGGUUCAACCGCCUGCUGCGCUUCCCGCGCAUGUUUGAAUUCUUCGACCGCACGGAGACGCGCACCAACUACCCAAACAUCUUCCGCAUCUGCAACCUGGUGCUCUACAUCCUGGUCAUCAUCCACUGGAACGCCUGCAUCUACUACGCCAUCUCCAAGUCCCUGGGGUUCGGUUCGGACACCUGGGUGUUCCCAAAUACCUCCAAACCCGAGUUUGCGUCGCUGACACGGAGUUACGUUUACUGCCUUUACUGGUCAACCCUCACGCUCACCACCAUCGGCGAGAUGCCCGCCCCCGUGAGGGAUGAGGAGUACCUCUUCGUCGUCUUCGACUUUCUCGUGGGGGUGCUGAUUUUUGCCACGAUUGUGGGAAACGUCGGCUCCAUGAUCGCCAACAUGAACGCCACCCGCGCCGAGUUUCAGGCCCGGAUCGACGCCAUCAAGCACUACAUGCACUUUCGCAAAGUCAGCAAGGGAUUGGAGACGCGCGUCAUCAAAUGGUUCGACUACCUCUGGACCAACAAGAAGGCCAUCGACGAGCAGGAGGUUCUGAAGAACUUGCCAAACAAACUCCGGGCUGAGAUCGCCAUCAACGUACACCUGGAGACCCUGAAGAAAGUCCGGAUCUUUCAAGACUGUGAGGCGGGACUGCUGAUCGAGCUUGUGCUCAAAUUACAGCCACAGGUCUUCAGUCCAGGAGACUACAUCUGCAGGAAAGGGGAUAUUGGGAAGGAGAUGUACAUCAUCAAAGAGGGGAAGUUAGCAGUGGUGGCUGAUGACGGGCUCACGCAGUACGCCCUCCUCACUGCCGGCAGCUGCUUUGGGGAAAUCAGCAUUUUGAAUAUAAAAGGCAGUAAAAUGGGAAAUCGACGGACAGCAAAUAUUCGCAGCUUGGGCUACUCCGACCUCUUCUGCCUCUCCAAGGAUGACCUGAUGGAGGCGGUGACCGAGUAUCCGGAUGCUAAGACUGUGCUGGAGGAGAGGGGUCGGGAGAUCCUCAUGAAGGAGGGCCUUCUGGAUGAGACCGCCGAGAGCGGCGGCUUGCAGAAGGAGGACACGGACGAGAAGGUGGAGAGGCUGGAGUCCUCUCUGGACACCCUUCAGACUCGCUUCUCGCGCCUGCUCAGCGAGUACACGCACACCCAGCAACGGCUGAAGCAGCGCAUCACUCUGCUGGAGCGCCAGCUCAACCGGACAGACUGCGGCGCAGAAGCCAGCGACGAGAACGACGCAGGAGCGGAGGCGAUCAAUGACAGGGAGUCUGGGCCUGUUGACAAUUCAAAUGGGACACCACAUGUGCAUAUACAGGACAAAAAGAGCCCAAUAACUAAAGACUAA